CAUGACUAAGUCUAGCCAUCACAUGGGGAGUUUGGUGCCCGCAAGCCUUUUAAAGGUGAGGGUGUGUUAGGACGUGGCUGUGUCCUGAGCGCUGGGCGUUGUCACUAGGGGACCAAGUGUGGCUGUGCCACCACUCUGCACUGUGCCAGAGCAAUGAUGAAACAUGCAGAGAAUGACACAGAGGAGAGUGACCCUGUCGGGGGAGCAGAUCAACAAUGGGAAUGCGAGGUCACCUGGCAGGAUGAUGAAGGGGACAGGGAAAGCAUCUGUGAAAGCUUCCAGCUCCUGCAGAUUGACACAGGCUUUGACAGCCCAAAGGACCUUCCUGUGGGGAGUGAGAAGUGGUACUCGAAGAAUGUUUUGAGGAAACAGAGGCAUUGGGAGAAAAUAAUUACGGCAAAGAAGAAGAAGAGAAAACAGGAAAAAGAGAAGAGAAAAGCUAAACACGCUGAAGAUAAAGGCAUUGCUCACCAGCACAGCAAACGUGUUUUAAAAACGAUCGCCAAGGAGCGGCUUCUGGCAGCCAAAGAGGCAGCACCUUGGCUGUGUAUAGAUCUGAGUAUGACCAGCCACAUGACACACAAGGAAAUAAGUCGCCUUGCUGCUCAGAUAAGGAGGCUGUAUGGUUCCAACAAGAAAGCUGGAAAGCCAUUUUGGAUUUGCCUUACUGGAUUUGUGGCAGGCAGUCCUAUUUCUGAAGAGUGCUUACGAAUGAACGAUGGGUUUUCCAAUUACCUCAUGGAUACCACUCCAGAAAGUUACCUUGACCUAUUUCCUUUAGAGACGAUUGUCUACCUCACUCCUGACUCUGAGAAUGCUCUGCAGGACAUUGAGCCCCACAGAGUGUAUGUCCUCGGCGGGCUCGUGGAUGAAAGCAUUCAGAAGAAACUGACCUUGCAGAAGGCACAGGAGCAGUCCUUGCAGACAGCUCGGCUGCCCAUUGCCGAGUACAUGGUGAAGAACGCCAACGUGAAGAACUAUCAUUCAGAGACGUUAGCAAUCAAUCAAGUCUUUGAUGCCUUAUCAACUUACUAUGAGACCCAGAGCUGGCCAGAAGCAUUGAAAGCUGGAGUUCCACCUGGAAAAGGCUACGUUCUCCAGAAAACAGCUCUAUGAUGGAAAAUGUUUCUGCUUAGCAACACGCAAGAAGACUCUUUAUUCUGUGAUGUUAAUGGGCUGCACAGCCAAAGGAAGCAAACUCCUCCCUCGUUAUUUCAAGCAGAGGCAUCAGCGUAGCUUGUGUACAGAGAAAUGUGGCUUACAUGGCAUAAGGAACUCAUCAGUUUCAUACAUUCUACCUCACUGUUGUAUUGCUGGAAAACAAGGGUCAUCCCUGGGCUUCAAAUACAGAGAACUUGUCACUUCUUGCUGAUGUUCUGUUAGUGUUUUGGAAAUGUCUGCACUACUGUACUACCAGUUCCUCUUUGGGGCAGGGAGAAGAUGUACAAAAAUCCCUUAUGGGUUUUGACUGUCAUGUUAAUUACAAGUAAGCAGUGUGGGGUUAAAGUAGUUAAUUACACCAGUGUAGCAGUUAACUGGACUGAUCUUUUCACAGGUAAAACACAGUGCUCUUAUUCAGGAAAGUUUCUCUUGUAAUGCUCUACUCAUAUUUCUGCUACUUAACAGCCAGGGCUGGCGCUUCCAUUAAGUGACCCUAGGCGGUUCCUAGGGCACCAGGAUUCGGGGGGGGGCGACAUUUUGUGCGCUUCC